AUGAAUAGAGAUGAAGAUCUUCUUCUGUUUAGAGACAUGUAUAAGCGUGAAAAGAAUGAUCUUGCUAGCUUUCUUCUUCCUGUCUCUGAUGAAUUAGAGUCAAAUGGGAAUUAUGCACUAUACAGAAUGGCUUCUAGCAAGAAAGGUCAAGUAGGGUUGGAUAACUUGAUGACUGAAUCUGGAAAGAGUGACUAUGAUUGGUUGAAAACGCCGCCGGCUACGCCUUUAUUUCCAUCUCUUGACAUGGAAUCCAAUGCUCCAGAACUAGUCAUUCAGAAGGAGAUCCCAAUUAUUCAAUCAGUUACUCUUUCAAGGUUUGCAGACAAAUCAGGGGCAGCUAAAACAAGAAGUACUCUUAUAAUAAGAUCUGCAUCGCCUCAUCAAAAACCAAAAGUUGCCACAAGAAACUUUACACCAACAGGAAAACAACAAGGUGUUUCAUCAAUAGACAAGAAAAACACAAGAUAUGCAGCAACAACAACAACAAUUACAACGGCAAACCAACAGAAGGUGAUCAAAUCCAACAAUUCCAUUGAUCAGAAUGCAAUAAGAACAACAAGGCAAAAAGAGACACAUCUUAAUUUCCUAGCUUCCAACCUAUCGAAAACCAUGGGAAUGGAGUCGUCUUUAAGUAGUAAGCCCAAAAGCAGGGGAGUGUCCCCUGCAGGAAGGCCGAAAAUCCUGGCUCAGACGAUCCCAGGAUUUUCGGAUGAAACACCGGUUAAUCUCAGGACAGACCGGUCCCUUUCAGCAACCAGGGGCCGGUCUAUUAACCAACACCAAUCAACUAACCAACGGCCUGGAUCGUCAUCAUCAUCAUCUUCUUCAUCAUCAGUACAUAUUACAAAACCAACAAGACGACAAUCUUGUUCCCCUAGUGUAACGCGCGGUCGAAAACAGGAUAUUAUUACUAGUAAUACAAAAUUUCAACAGGGAUAUUCUACCACACAAGUUCUUGGCAGUAAAAUGGUGGACAAGUUUAUGAAUGCUAGGAAAUCAGUAUAUGAAGAAAAGGAAAUUACAAAGGCAAAGUUGAAUGGUUCUAUAAAUGAGAACUCUGGUUUUGGAAGGCAUAUAUCAAGAAUAUCAGCAAAUCUGGUUCUCAAACACAUGGUGCACUGA